UCUGUCUUCUUGGGUACAUAGGGCUUGCCACGUAUACUUUACAACGUUGCCGCGGUGCGAACUAGAAGCCCGCGACAUCCUCGACGAUCCCGAGCGAGGGAGCUUAUACGGCAACACCAACAAAGAUGCUGUCCAAAUUCGAAACAAAGUCGAACAGAGUCAAAGGGUUGGCCUUUCACCCCAAGCGACCAUGGAUUCUGGCAGCGCUUCACAAUGGUGCUAUUCAGCUCUGGGACUACAAGAUGGGAACGCUCAUAGACCGGUUUGACGAACACGAAGGUCCUGUGCGAGGAAUUGCGUUCCACCACACUCAGCCUCUCUUCGUAUCCGGUGGGGACGAUUACAAAAUCAAAGUGUGGAAUUGGAAAACGCGGAGAUGUCUCUUUACCCUCAAUGGCCACAUUGACUAUAUUCGUACUGUCUUCUUUCACCAUGAGAGUCCGUGGAUCAUCAGUGCAUCUGAUGAUCAAACCAUUCGUAUAUGGAAUUGGCAGUCCCGGAAUUGUAUUUCUAUUUUGACCGGGCAUAACCAUUACGUUAUGUGUGCGCAAUUCCACCCCAAAGACGACCUGGUUGUUUCCGCCUCUUUGGAUCAGACGAUAAGAGUAUGGGACAUUUCAGGUCUCCGAAAGAAGCAUGCCGCUGCGCCAAGUAGCAUCACUACCGAUUAUGAACAUCGCCUGGGAGCUGCAGGCCAAGCUGAUAUCUUUGGCAACACGGACGCCAUGGUGAAAUACGUAUUAGAAGGUCACGAUAGAGGAGUCAACUGGGCAACCUUUCAUCCAAAUCUGCCGCUCAUUGUCUCGAGUUCGGAUGAUCGAACUGUGAAGUUGUGGCGCAUGAACGAGACAAAAGCUUGGGAAGUGGAUACCUGCCGUGGACAUUACAACAACGUCUCGUCCGUAUUGUUCCAUCCUCGACAGGAUCUCAUCAUUAGUGAUUCUGAGGAUAAGACAAUACGGAUAUGGGACAUGACGAAGAGGACUGCUUUGCAAACCUUCAGACGGGAGCACGACAGGUUCUGGAUUCUUGCAGCGCAUCCAGAGCUGAACUUGUUCGCAGCUGGUCAUGAUAGCGGCCUAAUCGUGUUUAAGCUUGAGCGUGAGAGACCGGCCCAUGCAGUUCAUCAGAACGUGCUAUAUUACGUGAAGGACAAAUUUAUUCGCUCUUACGAUUUUUUGAGCUCGAAUGACGUGCCAGUCAUUACCAUUCGCCGCGGCACUACUGCGCAAACAAGUCCUCCGCGGGCGCUUUCCUAUAAUCCGGCUGAGCACUGUGUUCUCAUCACCACGCCACAGGACGGUGGUUCGUAUGAACUCUACAAUUUGCCUAGAGGACAAGGAAGCGGAGAGUCUGUGGAGUCAAAGCGUGGUGUCGGUCAGUCAGCCAUCUUUGUGGCCCGCAACCGGUUUGCGGUCCUCGAUAAGCCAGGGCAGCAAAUUUACAUCAAAGAUUUGAAAAACGAGACGGUGAAGCAGUUCAAACCGACUGUAACCGUGAACGACAUCUAUUACGCCGGUGCCAAAAACAUUCUGUUAAUCACCUCAACUUCAGUUGUCCUCUAUGAUAUUGAGCUUCGAACAUCAGUUGCUGAACUAACUGUGAACGGCGUCCGAUAUGUGGUAUGGUCUCCGGAUAUGUCUAUGGUCGCAUUCCUAAGCAAGCACACUAUUGUCAUUGCCAACAAGCAACUUGAGCAAUUGUGCUUGAUUCAUGAGACCAUUAAGAUCAAGAGUGGUGCUUGGGACGAAAUUGGUGUGUUCCUCUACUCGACCUUGAAUCACAUCAAAUAUGCCUUGCCACAGGGCGACAAUGGAAUCAUUCGUACUGUAGAGCAGCCAGUGUAUCUGACAAAGGUUAAGGGAAAGAACGUCUCUUGCUUGGACAGGGACGGAAAGGUUCGCGCUAUUGCAAUCGACCCUACCGAGUACCGUUUCAAGCUGGCCUUAGUGCGCAAGAACUACAAUGAGGUACUGCACCUCAUUCGGACUUCCAAUCUGGUCGGACAGUCCAUUAUCGCAUACUUGCAGAAGAAAGGCUACCCCGAAGUUGCCCUGCAUUUUGUGAAGGAUAAUAAGACUCGAUUUGAUUUGGCCAUUGAAUGCGGUAAUCUGGGCGUAGCCCUUGAGACGGCAAAAGCGCUUGAUCGGGAAGAGUGCUGGCAGCAACUUGCGGCCGAAGCUCUCAAGCAAGGAAAUCAUCAGGUUCUUGAGAUGGCAUAUCAAAGGGUGAAGAACUUCGAACGUCUUUCGUUCCUUUACCUUGUUACGGGUAACGUGGAUAAGCUGAAGAAGAUGCUGAAGAUCGCUGAAAUGCGAAAUGACACCAUGUCGCGAUACCAUAAUGCUUUAUACCUUGGUGACGUUGAAGAACAGAUUCGGUUGCUCAAGGAAGUUGGACAGUUGCCUCUGGCAUAUCUUGCAGCGCAAACACAUGGGCUAACUGACGAGGCUGCCGAGAUCCUUGCAGCCGCAGGAUUGGAUGCCCCACCCGCGGGAAUCGCUCCCGGUCAGCUUCUGAAGACGCCAACGCCAAUCCUGCGUCAGCAAGACUCGAAUUGGCCCCAUCUUCCUGUUGCGCGGAGCUUCUUCGAAGAAGGGCUACUUGGAGGUGCACCUGUAGCUAGUGCGACAAAGGUAGAAGAUCAGGUUAUGAAGGAUGUCGCGGGCUGGGAGGAUGCCGAGGACAUUGAUGUUGGAGCACGCCCAGGGCUCGAAGUAGAGAAUGGUCAAAUAGAUAUUGACGUUGGAGGUGGGGAGGGAUGGGACUUUGAGGGAGAUCUUGACAUUCCUAGUGCUCCGCAAGGUGUACCGAGCGCCGCUUCAGAGACGGCCACAGGCUUUACACCUCCCACCGCGGGUACCAACUUUGCAGACCUCUGGGUUCGCAAUUCGGCAUUAGCCGCAGAUCACGCGGCUGCAGGGUCGUUCGAAACUGCCAUGCAGUUGUUGAAUAGGCAAAUCGGUGCUGUUAAUUUUGCAUCCUUGAAACCCCUGUUUCUGACCAUGUGGCAAGCGUCGAAAGCUUACAUGCCUGCAAAUGUAUCGCUGGCACCAUUAUCCCUACCGCUCCAGCGUCAGACAAAAAAGCAGCUUCCAGUGAUCCCGUACACCCUUGGCGGUCUGCUCGGAAAGUUACAGGAGGCGUACGCGGCAACAACAAACGGAAGAUUUUCAGAUGCACUCAGUCUGUUCAAAACGAUCCUCCAACACAUUAUCUUCACCGUGGUGGAGCGAGAGGAGGAGGCCACAGAGAUUCAACAGCUCAUUGACACCUGCCGGGAAUAUGCACUAGGUUCACAAAUGGAAAUAGCGCGGAGGAAUCUGAACCAAGAGACGGAUGCAAAACGGGUCAUAGAGCUAGCGGCUUACUUUACCCACUGUCAAUUACAGCCCGCCCAUCUGCAAUUUACUCUGCUUUCAGCAAUGGUAUCUUGCUACAGAGCAAGGAAUCUUGCAUCCGCGCUAGUGUUUGCCCAACGCCUCCUUGAACUGAAUCCAGCGCCCGGUCUUGCUCAAAAGGCGCGCAACAUGCAAGCAUAUUGUGCCCAAAAUAAUCCAACAGAUGCUAUUCAAGUCGAGUACGAUCAGCACAAUCCGUUUGUGACAUGCGCCAUCUCAUACACCCCCAUCUACCGCAACAGUCCGUCCGUGCAAUGCCCAUACUGUCGGGCAUCCUACAAGCCAGAAUAUAGUGGGGGGUUGUGUCAAGUAUGUGAGAUUUCCCAAAUCGGGGCGACGGCUACUGGAUUGAGGAACAUGUUGUAGGGCCAGAGUUGUUUGGGCGGUUUGGUGAUCAAUCAGAGAGAGAGAGAUGGUGGAGGAUGGCGGGGUCGCGCGUUGUCGACGUCAUAUCUAGUGCUGUCGCGACAAUUAUUUCUAAAAUAUUUUGAAGGAAAGCUAUGAUUCUUAAAAAGCCC